GGGGGCAGGCUUGGAGUCGGCUUGAGUGUUUGUUGCUAGCACCGUCCGUGUCUGUCUCUAGCCAGCGAGCUUGUUUUCGGUGAGAGCUGCUUCUGCGUCUGCAGUGUCUUCCACGGUCCUUUCGCUCGAGUCUCUCUUCCUCCCUGGGCUAUACCGGUGCUACGCUCGUUUCUCUGCAACGCUUACUCGACCUCUAGCCUGCUUUUGCCAACUCGCUUGUGGUGUUAUCGUUAGAUCUCCCAUCGCAGCGCUCCUCCGUCUCCGCAGUUUUUAUCACCAGUAGCCCUCCAUACGUUCCUCCAAAGCCCUUUCUCCCGACUGUGACGCACAGUCGGUUGCUCUACUAGAUGACGGGCAUUCCACCUUUGGGUCCAUCCGAGCCUUCCACCUCCCGUCGAACGUCAUUCACGACGUCACCGCGCCCUCCUCACCUCCCAAACCCGCUCUCGAAUGCGCUCGCUAACCUCUCCCUCGCAAACAUCAACAACAACAACAACCUCACCACCAACCCACUCAAUAAUAACCUGAACAAUCAUUCCCGUCCUGGAACCUCUACAAGCUCCCUCUCUCGCCCCGGAACGUCAGGACUUGGAUCAAGUCCUAUCCUUGCUAACCUUGUGAAUCAGCCGUUUGGAUCGAGGUCAGGAAGUGGAGGGAGUAGUGUAGCUGGAAGCGCGACGGGCGGUGGAAGUGCUGGUCUUGUGACGGGGCAAGGCCAAGGGACGAAUACGGGGACGCCGACGAAUGAUGAUAUCGAGGCGGUGAUCCAGAUGGCCACGAGUGCGAGGAGUGGGUCGAGUAACGCGACGAACCCUCCGAGAGAUACGAGGACGCAACUAUUUGUUGGGAACCUCCCCUACAGAGUGCGUUGGCAAGAUCUCAAAGACCUAUUCCGACGCGCAGGAACCGUCCUCCGAGCAGACGUCUCUCUCGGACCAGAUAAUCGAUCGAGAGGAUAUGGGACUGUAUUGCUCGCAACGGCAGAGGAUGCAGGACGGGCGGUGGAUAUGUUUAAUGGGUUCGAGUGGAUGACGAGAGUGUUGGAGGUGAGACCGGAUCGGAUGGGUGCGUUGGUUGCGGGAGAGGAGGGACCUGGUUCGUUGAAUGGCGCUGUUGCUGCUGGUAGCGCGGGUGUAGGUGCGGGUGCGAGUUCGGGUUCGGGAGGUGUGGGAGGGACUGGGACGGGGACUGGGACUGGGACACCGUUGAAUAAUGGGAUCGCGUUCGCUGCUUCCAACGUCAGCUCGCCGUUUCCGUCUGCUUCGGCUACGCCUUUCCCUGGUUCUGCUGGCACUUUGAAUCUCACUGCGUCUGCGGCUGCGGCUGCUUCGAGGCUCGCUGGGUUGGGGACGGGUGGGGCGACGUCGCCGUUUGCGUCUGAUUUUGGUGUGGGGGGAAGUGUUGGAGGUGAAGAAGAUGCGAAUUCGUUGGCGGGGAGGAGUUUAUUCGUUGGGAACUUGCCUUUUCACAUUCAAUGGCAAGACCUUAAGGAUCUCUUUCGGAUGAGCGGUGGUACGAUCUUACGUGCAGACGUCGCUCUGGGUCCGGAUGGUCGGUCGAGAGGGUUUGGGAUGGUAAGUUUUGCUACGGAGGUGGAUGCUGAAAGGGCGAGAGCCAUGUUCAACGGAUACGAGUAUAGCGGUCGGGUGCUGAAAGUGCAUUUUGAUAAGUAUGCUGGGUCUGGGAUCGGUCUCGGACCAUCCAUGCCUCCCAUUCCGAAUCUCUCGACGUCUUCUACCCCGGCACCGUCCUCGUCAUCGAUACCUUCUCCUCUAUCGUUAUCGACGCCUCAUUCGCCUUCUAACGCACACGCUGGGUACGCAAUUGGUAGUACCGCACAGCAAUCGGGCGUUUCGUUCGCCCAGCAGGUGAUGUUGUCGCAACAUGAGCAACAGCUUCAAUACCUUCACAGUCUGAGCCACAGUCAUGGUCAGGGCAGGGUGGAGUUGUCAAGGUACAAUUCGGACUCAUUGACUUAUAGGUAUGGACUAGGCGAGGACUCUUUGCAAGGUUCAUCAGCUGGAACAACUUCAUCCCCGACUUAUGCGCAAAACGCUGAGUACCUUCAGUACCUCCAGCAUCUUCAAUCUUACGGCUCUUCAUCUUCGUCUGCUGUUGGGACAUCGCAGUACUUACCGCCAACAGGCGCAUCGACAAGUACACAGAGGAAUUCGCCGUUGUACGCGACGCUUGAUCGUGUACGGGAGGAAGAAAAGUCCCCAUUCGAGUUUGGUGGGUUUGGGCCUGAUGGGACAAGGAUUAUCCCUGGCUCGCAAAGAGGUGGAUUCGGUUCUGCGGUUGGGGCUAGUGGAUUGUCGAGAGCGGUCGAAGCGGAGGUUAUGCAACCUGGGAGUGUCUUGGAUCUGAGUGGGAGGAAGGAACGGCAGGGUGACGUUAACGACAAUCGCGAGAAUAUGACGUCUGAAGAAGGUAUGCGCAAAACGAAAGGGAAGCAGACACAACUGUAUUCGAGUUCACCCGGGUCUUCUCAACAAGCUUCGUCUUCGGCUUCGCUGUCAGUUGAAUCGAAGAACCUUACUUCUCCAACUCAAUCGUAUUCUUCCGCUGCAACAACCAAUCAAGCAUCGUCACAUACAAAUACGACGCCUAAUCAUCAUCACCACCACCCCGCUCAUCCAGGUCCUAUAUCCCUCCCACCGCCACCGCCUAUCAAUACAUUCCCUGUCCCGCCACCUCACACGCUUUCGCCUUACCAUUAUCCCCCUCAUCCGAUGUCAUCACCUUAUAUGAGCCCGUUAUACCAUCCUGCUAUGAUGAACAUGGGUAUGCCGGGUCUGACGCCUCAUGGGCUCCCUCCUAUAACGCCUAGUAUGCCUAGUUUUACGUUCUUGCCUCAGCCUAAUCCUAUGGGUGGGAUGGUUCCCGCGUAUAUGCCUGCUUCGUCUACGUCUUUGGGUGGAGAUCAUCUUGAGAUGCCGACUUCUGAUGAGAGGAAAGGAGGGAAUGAGGGUGAUGGUGAGGGUGAGGGUGAGGGGGAGGGGGAGGGGAAUAAUGGGAAUGGGAGCGGGGGAGGAUCGAAUACUGCUUCGACGAUGACGGACUCGAGAGUACGUCCGCCGGCGUUACCCCAGAUACCUUCGCAUCACAAUCCGCACCAACAACAACCUCCUGGUUAUCCGUAUCAUCAUCAUCCUCAAGUAUUCUCGCCAUAUACGCCUUUCUCGCCUGGUCUCACUAUGUCGCCUGGGGCGUUUUGGGGGAGACCGGGGACGGGGACGGGGGCGAACCCGUAUAUUAACCCUGCUGUGGGUGCGCCUGUGCAUCCUCAACAACCUCACCCUCAUCCUAUGACUCCGCAUCAUCAUGUGCCGCCGUUUUAUGCUGCUAUGCGCCAGCCUCCUGUUAGCGAGGAGAUUGGGUAUUUCCCGCCUGUUCCUCCUAUGCAGUACACACAGUACAUGCAAGGUCAAGCGCAACAGCAGGAGCGGGAGCGGGAGCAGCAGGAGCAACAGCAACAGCAACAGCAAACGUAUAAUGGGGAAGAACCGCAGAGUUACUUCCCGUUCGUCCCUCCGAGCGCUGUACCUUCGAGACCUAGUGGACUGUCGCAGGAGAUCAGCGCUGGGUCGAGUCAUAGUGGUGAAGGUGGAAGUGGGAGUGCACGUGCAGGGAUCAGCGGAUCGAAUAGUGAUCCUAGUGUGCACGGUGCUCAGACUGAGAGUGUCGUGAGCAGUGGGACUAAUACUGGGACUGGGACGAACUCUGUGGCGUCUCCGACGAGACCUGGGAGUUCUAUGGGUACUUCGUGGACGGAUUCUCCUGAGCCUCCGAGUCAGGGUUUUGAAGCCCUUAUUGUGGGUGAUAGAUGUCACAAGGAGGACUUUCUCGCGGACUCCCCAGCUGGAGAGUUGAAGGGACCAUCGCAGGAGAGCACGGUCUCAUCGGGAGGACCCUCGUUAUCACGGGCGGAGUCUGAUCCGAUGGUAAGGCAGCCUGGGAUGGUUAUUUCACCGGUGGCGGAGGACUUGCAAGGAGAAGGUGAGAGGACACGGGAGUCGGGUGUAGAUGUACAGAGGUCGAGUUCGGAUCCGCAGACUUCGUGGAGUAGAGCUGUCUAGAUUUUACCGUGAGUUCUUACAUUCACCUCUCCGAUCUUCCAUGUCGAGUCAUUCGUCGGCUUGCCAGCUUGCUGGGUUUUGUUUGAUAGGUGCUCAUUACGACACACCAAAACCGUUGCCCGAAGUCUGAAGGAUUGCCCAUGUCGGAAGUACUUAUUACUUGGAUAUAAUGUCUAUUGCGUGCUUGCUCUCUUUUUUUUUCUUUCGUCGUUGCUUUCUGUUAUCUUGGUAUUCUAGCUGAAUAUACCCUCAAGCAUCUUCAUCUUUUGAAUACAAUAUCUUUUUCUGCUCUCUCUUUGAUUUCGACUAUGUGAUUGCUCAUCCGGAUCAGACCAUACGAUACGAUCUGCUGGUAAUGACCAUG